GGGGUUUAGCGCACCUUCGCUCAGACCUGGCGAGAUGGGCAAGAAGGGCAAGAAAGAGAAGAAGGGCCGCGGAGCCGAGAAGACGGCCGCCAAGAUGGAGAAGAAGGUGUCCAAGCGCUCGCGCAAGGAGGAGGAAGACCUUGAAGCUCUGAUUGCCCACUUCCAGACACUAGAUGCUAAAAAGACUCAGAUUGUAGAAACACUGUGUCCCCCACCUUCUCCAAGGUUAAACGCAUCGCUGUCCGCUCAUCCUGAGAAAGAUGAGUUGAUUCUUUUUGGAGGUGAAUAUUUCAAUGGCAAAAAAACGUUUUUGUACAAUGAGCUUUAUACCUACAAUAUCAGAAAGGGUACAUGGACUAAAGUUGAAAUCCCUAAUCCACCUCCCCGGCGCUGCGCUCACCAGGCCGUCGUGGUGCCUCAGGGCGGUGGACAGCUGUGGGUCUUUGGAGGGGAGUUUGCCUCUCCUGAUGGGGAGCAGUUUUACCACUAUAAGGAUCUCUGGGUGCUGCACUUGGCCACCAAGAGCUGGGAGCAAGUCAGAUCUGCAGGAGGCCCUUCAGGGCGGAGUGGACACCGGAUGGUAGCCUGGAAGAGACAGUUGAUUCUCUUUGGCGGUUUCCACGAGAGCACAAGAGACUACAUCUAUUAUAAUGAUGUGUAUACCUUUAAUCUGGACACCUUCACGUGGACCAAGCUGUCUCCCUUAGGGAUGGGGCCCACCCCAAGGUCUGGCUGCCAGAUAUCCGUCACUGCCCAGGGCAGCAUCAUCAUCUACGGAGGCUACUCGAAACAGAGAGUCAAGAAGGACGUGGACAAGGGCACCCUGCAUUCAGAUAUGUUCCUGCUGAAGUCUGAGGACGGAAGAGAAGGCAAAUGGGCGUGGACGCGAAUGCAUCCCUCGGGAGCCAAGCCCACCCCAAGGUCUGGCUUUUCCGUGGCCAUGGCCCCGAAUCAUCAGACGCUGCUCUUCGGAGGGGUGUGUGAUGAGGAAGAGGAGGAGACCCUGGAGGGCGACUUUCUCAAUGACCUGUACUUCUAUGACACUGCCAGGAACCGCUGGUUUGCGGGGCAACUCAAGGAACCCAAGACUGAGAAGAGGAAGCGGCGGCGGGGCAGGAAAGGGGAGCUCAGAGGUAGUGAUGAGCAGGCAGGAGAGGAGCCCAGCCCCCAGGAGCCCCUGGAGGUGGUCCGAAAGGUGACUACUGAGGACGGGACUGUGAUCACCAUCAAGCAGGUGCUCCCUGCACCAGGCGUGGCGGGAAGGCCGCCAUCCAAGGAUGAGGACGAUGACGGUGCAGAGGAGGCCGGGGCAUCCUUGGUUGCACCAUGUCCCCGAUCCAGCGCCAUGCUGGCUGUGAAGCAUGGGCUGCUCUACGUCUAUGGGGGCAUGUUUGAGGCAGGUGACCGCCAGUUCACCCUCAGCGACCUCUACUGCCUCGACCUACAGAAGAUGGAUGGAUGGAAGGCCCUGGUGGAGAUGGACCCAGACACUCAAGAGUGGUUGGAGGAAACCGACACAGAGGAGGAAGGUGAUGAGGUGGAGGAUGGAGACGACGACAAGGAAGAGGAGGACACAGGAGAGGGGAGCAGCGAGGAGGGCUCAGACAAGGGGCCCCCACCGGUGGAGCACGAUGAGAGCUACGCAGAUUACCUGCCCAGGAUGGAGCGGUACUGGGUGGUACGGGCCCAUGAGAGCCUGGGCCCUGACGCCAAGGAGAAGAAUGUGCUGAGAACAGCCCAUGCAAUGGCAAAAACAUUUUUCAAUGACUCGGUUCCGGAUGCUACCCUGAGGCAGAAGUCAGAUUGAAUAACGUGUAUGGAAUUCCCUUAGUAUCACUGGGUGUUUCAGAAAAUAAACUGGACUGGUCACGAGGUGGCUGCAAAGAUGGUUUUGUACAGCGCCAGUUCCACCAGCAUUCCUGGUGGUUGAAGCUUCACCUCCUGUGGGGAGCCUGUGCAAUGUGGAAGCAUGGGGCAGCAUCAGUCCACGCAGGGACUGGGUGGAGGGUGGCAAGGCCUUGCCUGAGAAGAGCCCGCAGGAAGGGGCUUUUUAUGCUAUCACCUCACUGUGCUGUGCUUCGUAUGCAUGUGGAGGGGGGAUGUCUUUCUGAGAACAAGGAGUUUUUACAGAAGAAUGUUCUGCUCAACCACACAUCAUCACCCUGGAGAGUCUCUUUGGUUUCUAAAAAUUAGCAAAACAUGUUCCUAGUGACGUUUAAAUAAAGUAUCUUUCGGC